GUAGGUGUUCCACCCAAGUUCCACCUUUUAUUAAGAAUACUCGUCAAUGCCUCUCUAGCUGGAAUACAACCAUGUCCAGCAUCAAUCAAUGGCUGUCAGACCCCCGCUUGCAUGACUACCUUGCCAUCGUAAAAGGUGCACGCAAUGGCUUCGUGUACGGAGUCAAGGUCAGAUUCCCUCAUGCGCUGAUUAUGGCCAUUCUUUUUGGUCGAGGAGAUUGGAAAUCUCGCCUUCUUGUGAUAUAUAAGACAACGAAGCAGCACGCCUUCAACUUAGCAAAGUUUGUUUCGCUCUACAAGAUACUGUUGCUACUUCAAAGGAAGGCCAACGGGGGGAAGGAGCGCAACGCAGAUACAUUUGUUGCAGGCUUGUUGGGAGGAUACGUGGUCUUCGGCGAUAGAUCAGCUGUGAACGAGCAGAUAGUUCUCUACGUGGUAUCCCGAGUCAUCGCUUCCUUCAUGCCCCGCGCUGGUACUGCGUAUUCGAAAGCACCUGCAGGCGCGUCUGGAUCUGCGGUCAGACCUAUCCCGCCGGACCCACGCUAUUUCUCCGUCUUCGCGGCGCUAUCAUGGGGUGCUGUCAUGUGGCUAUUCCAGCACCGUGGGGAGGCUAUUCAACCUGGCAUGUUCAACUCGAUGACAUAUCUUUAUCGUGACUCCGAAGUGUGGAGAGACCUCAGGACAUUGUUAUGGCAUAAUACAUAGUAUAGAGAGGCUAUAGAUGUUAACGCGUUAAUGGCGAGUGCAUAUCUCCUUGCACAUGCGCAUGGCCUCUUACAAACGACCACGUCAUCUAGAUAUCCUGUUAUUAGAUUGCACCGAGCCAGUAAUCUUGCGGUACAUAAUCUACCGUCAUUGCAACCUUCCGACAUUUA